CCCAUUUAUCAAGCAUCAGGUUCCACAACAAAGGCACAACCUUUGUUCCUACAUUAAAAAAAAACCCUUAAUUUAGUUAGGGAAUCCAACUUUUUGCCAUAAAUUUACUUCACUUCAUCAUCAUCUCCUCAACUCAAAUUUGAUUUUAUAGGCCAUUAUUUUUCAAAGUGUUUUCUUGGGGGAGUUUUAAUCAAUUGUUUUGUUGACUUUUAAUUUUCUAUCCCCACUUUGUUUGACUUGCUUUAUAGUCUUCGGUCUGAAAAAUGCCAUCUUUAAUUUCAAUUAGUUUUAAACCAUCCAAUCAAUUUUUCAAUCUCCCCAAAAUCCCAAUUUUCCUCUCAAAAUGACUAAAAUUUGUGUUAAAAAUUGCAAUUUUACAAUCAUAUUUUCAUUAUUUCUCUUAAUUUUGCCAAUCAUGUCACACCCACAAACAAAAAAGUGUAGUGUUCUUGAUGCAGGGCCAGUAACUUCAACAAUUUCUCUCAUUUCAUUCCUAGAACAAGUUCAAGAAACUGCCCUCAAUACAUUUGGACCCAACAAUUUUGAUCCUAAGCUCUAUAUUGAUUUCUCAUUGAAAUCUAAUCUUUCUAUCACUCAACAAGCCUUUGCUAAACUAUCAAGAGCACAAAACGGUGCCGUUUCGGCCGAUGAAUUGCGAAAAUUCAUACAAGAUUACUUUAAUGGUGCAGGGGAUGAUUUGAUUUAUGUUAAACCAGCUGAUUUUGUGGCUGAGCCAAAUGGGUUUUUACCAAAAGUGAAGAAUUCUGAGGUUAGAGCUUGGGCUUUGCAAGUUCAUGCUUUAUGGAAGAAUUUGAGUAGAGAGGCGUCACCUGAUGUUAAAAAGCACCCUGAAUUGCAUACUUUGCUUCCUAUUCCUGAACCUUGUGUUAUUCCUGGUUCAAGGUUUAGGGAGGUUUACUACUGGGAUUCCUAUUGGGUUAUCAGGGGUUUGCUUGCUAGUCACAUGCACAAGACUGCAACUGCUAUUGUGACUAACCUCAUAUAUUUUGUUGAGAAGUAUGGCUAUGUGCUUAAUGGUGCUAGAGCAUAUUACACAAAUCGAAGUCAACCUCCUCUAUUGAGUUCAAUGAUACAUGAGAUCUACCAAAGAACUGGUGACAAAAACUUGAUUAAGAAGGCUCUUCCUGCUCUACUCAAAGAACACGAAUUUUGGAAUUCAGGAAUACAUAAGGUUACAAUUCAUGAUUCUAAAGGUGGCAGUCACAAUUUGAGUAGAUAUUAUGCCAUGUGGAAUAAACCAAGGCCAGAAUCUUCGACUACGGACAAGGAAACUGCUUCAACACUGUCUGAUGCAGCUGACAAACAAAAGCUUUAUCGUGAGGUGGCUUCAACUGCUGAAUCUGGAUGGGAUUUUAGUACAAGGUGGAUGAGGAAUUCUUCUGAUCUAACAACACUGACCACAACCACAAUACUGCCUGUAGAUUUGAAUGCAUACGUACUCAAGAUGGAGCUUGAUAUAGCAUACUUUGCAAAAGUCGCUGGAGAAAACAACAUAGCUGCGCAAUUUCUCAAAGCUUCUCAAUCAAGAGAGAAAGCGUUCAACUCUAUCUUCUGGAAUGAAAAGAUGAGCCAAUGGCUCGACUGCUGGAUCACUUGCAAGGAUGAUCAAACAUGGGAAGCUUCUCACCAGAAUCAGCAUUUAUUUGCUUCAAACUUUGUUCCCUUAUGGAUCAAGCCGUUUGAUUCAGCUUUCUUGGCAGAGAAGGUUAUGAAAAGUCUUGCAAGUUCAGGCCUGGUUCGUCCUUAUGGAAUUGCUACUUCUUUGACGAAUUCUGGACAGCAAUGGGAUUAUCCUAAUGGCUGGGCCCCUAUGCAACACAUCAUUAUUGAAGCUCUUGCGAAGUCUGGUUCCAAGGAAGCCUAUUUGAUGGCAGAAGAUAUAGCAAUCAGGUGGAUUAGGACCAACUAUGCAAGCUACAAGACAACUGGAGAAAUGCAUGAAAAAUACAAUGUAGAUAAGUGCGGGGACAUUGGAGGCGGUGGUGAAUACAUAGCACAGACUGGGUUUGGCUGGACAAAUGGAGUUGUAUUGGCUUUAUUAGAAGAAUUUGGAUGGCCCCAAGAUAGAAAACUUGAUUGUUAACUGGGAGCUGAAGAACUUAGAUCGCUUCUGCUUUAUCAGCAUUUCAAGACGAUGGCACCACGGAUUUAUGAAAUUAUUUAGUAAUUGAAAUAAAGCUUUUAAUUUUCUUUAUCAGGUAAAGAUUAAGCUUCCUAAUAUAUUGAUUGGAUAAUUGACCCACUUGUUUUCCAUCAUUCAGGUCUUCCAAAUAUUAAUGAUUGUAUGUUCAACUGAUUGUUAAACACCCAUGGCAGCAUUGUGUAUGUGUCUAAUUGGAGGCAAGCUGCUGCAUAAAAUAAGAUAAUUACUGAUUUGCGUGAAUGUUCCUUUUCAUUGUCUUCAUUAUAACUGCUGAGCUACUCUAGUCUAAUAGUAGUUUAUCUGAUGCUGAGUCAGUUUUCUUC